AUGUUCCCUUUCGACCUUGAGGCGGAUAGAUUAAGAAGGUCGUAUCUCCGGCGACGGCAGAUCAUUACCGAAAAUGGGGUGUCUCGCCCCCGCGAAAGGGACAAUAUAAUAAAAGUAGAGCGUCAGCGUUCGCUCUGGAGAUGGCGCGAGCGACUAUUAGAGUUACCUGCGAGCGGUCCCGGGGCGCUAGUGCGCGGCGCUAUAGCGGAGCACCUGGAGAGGUGGGUAGAGAGGGGGCAUGGGGCUCUCACCUACCGCACCACUCAGGUUUUGACCGGACAUGGAGUGUUUGAGUUCUAUCUUUUCAAGAUAGGAAGUUGGGUUUCCCCAAUUUGUUUUUGUUACCACGCAACAGCGGAUACGUCGGUGCACACCCUCCUGUUCUGUCCGGCCUGGGUAGAACAGAGAGGAGAGAUUUUAGAUGUAAUAGGGGUCGAUAGGACCUAUGAGGCGAUGGUGAGGGCCAUUAUGCUCUCAGGAAACGUUUGGACCGUCUUCAUGACCUUCUGUGAAAGGGUCAUGAAGAAGAAGGAGGAAGAUGAGCGCGCCGGUGAACGAAGGGUUAUCCGGGCACCCGAGGACGCGCUAGUUCCUCAAGCGGACACGUCGGACAGCGAGGAAUAG